GACCAAGAACAUAAUUGGAAGGCACCUCAAUCGUAUGCCCAAAUACAUAAUAGCUGAAACCAUGGCGGCUCAACUCUCUCUCAUCUUUCUUUCCUCUCUUCUACUCCUAGCACCCGCCCUGCAUAGUACCCAAGCGGUGGAGUUCAUUGUCAGUAACCGGGCCGAAACAACCCCAGGCGGCGUCACUUUCAAUAAUCAACUUGGCGUCGAGUAUACGAGACAAACAAUGGAGUCCGCCUCCAACUUCAUCUGGAACAUUUUCCAACAAAGCAACGAGGCUGACAGGAAGAGCGUCCAGCGUGUGCCCCUGUUCGUCGAUGACAUGGAACCGGGCAAAAUUGCUUACACUAACAUCAGCAAUGGAAAUUAUGAAAUUCAUGUUGGUGAUGACUAUAUCCAAAGCAUAAGGGGCGAUAUGAUCAAGACCGACUUCAAUGGGGUGCUUUAUCAUGAAAUGGUGCACGUAUGGCAAUGGCUUGAUUAUGGUACAGAUCGGUCUGGCAACGUAAGUGAAGGGAUAGCGGAUUUUGUGAGGUUGAAGGCUAAUUACGUGCCUAAUAGUGGCUGGGUGCAGCCAGGAGGCGGCGACCAUUGGGACCAGGGCUACUCGGUGACAGCACGGUUUCUAGACUACUGCAAUGAUCUUAGGAAUGGAUUUGUGGCAGAACUCAACAAAAUGAUGAAAGCUGGUUAUAACGAUAGAUACUUCGUAGAUCUUCUGGGGAAGUCAGCUGAUGAGCUUUGGAGUGAGUACAAGGCCAAGUAUGCAGGAAAUUAGACAUCGAUCCAUAGUACGUACGUACGUACGCACGCACGCUAUAUAUACAGCUAGCUUUUUAUUUCUUUUAUAUACAGCUAGCUAGCUGAUCAUGAUAUAAUGAUAUUAAUUAAUAUGAAUAAGAUGAUCCGAUAUGUAUUAAUGUUUA